AACCCCGUGUUUCCUCUGUUCCAGGGAAGUGACCGUGGAGCAGAUGGUGAGCUGCCAUCAACCUCCAAGCGUCAAUCCGAAGAUUGCGAAGAACAACCUUCUAGGAGACCUCGACCGGGCCCCGGAGGUGCGUCGGAGACGGACAAGGACGGAAUGACAGCGUUGCAUCAUGCAGCGCUUAGCGGAGACACAGAAAGUGUGAGGGCGCUGCUUGAGGAAGGAUGUAACACGAGGUCAAGGGAUCAGAUGGGAAUGACGCCCCUCCACACGGCUCUGUUCCACCAGAAGGAGGCCGCUGCAGAGCUGCUGGUGGAUGCGGACUGCGUCACGGACAUCCGGGACACACGAAAGCGCACCCCUCUGCAUUGGGCUGCACUGAGUGGGUGCGUGGAGGUCGUCCGGAAGCUGCUCGCUGGCGGAGCGGAUGCAAAUUCGAAAGACGAAAAUGAACGGACGCCCCUUCAUCUCGCCAUAGUCUCUAAGAGAGAAGUUGCGGCGGAGGUGUUGCUGGGGUCCAUCCCCGAAUGCGACAAUUCGGACCUUUAUGGCGCCACCCCGCUACAUGUUGCUUCAUACAGUGGUCUCACGCAGAUAGCGAAAGCGUUGGUUUUGAGGGGUGCGCGUUUGCAGGCUCAAGAUGUACUUCAACGCUGUCCACUGUACUGUGCCCUGAUGUAUGGACACGAUGGUGUUGCGAAAGUGCUCCUGGCGGAGUUCGCCUGGAGGGACAUCGCGAUACAGUGGAGGAAGUUGGGUCUUCCGCCGGAGCGUAAAGAGUACGGCGUCCGGCUGCUUUCCGAGUGCGAGGCCGAGAUGCGGAGGAUGAGGGAGACCCGGGCGGAGGGAUCCCGCCUCUCCCUCCACGACCUCGCGCGGAGACACCCCUCCCGGCUGGCCCGCCGCCUCUCCGACGAGGCGAUCCGGCGGCUCUCGGACCCGGAUCUCCUGACGCGGGAUUUCCCUUACUUUGGCGACCUCCUCCUCCUCAAGCUAAGGGAGGUCCGGGAGAGGAAGUCCCUGGAGGACUGCUUCCUGCGCUGCUUCCCCCUCCUCUUCCCUCCCCUGCCCACCACGUGCACCGACGUCCUCCUCGCGUGCCUGACGGACGACGACCUGAGGCGCGUAGCCCGCGCCGUGGAGCUCUAGGCCCGAAGAUUCCGUUCGAAUGCCCCGCUAUGGGGGAAAAAAAGAUUGCAGGACUGCUCGAAAUAUAAGAAACUCUUGUUUUUGAAUGCAGAAAGUGCUCGAGAUAGUUUACUGAACUUUGUCUGCAGAAUAUGUACCUCUGGAAGAUUUGUUUUCUUAAACAAACCUGUGUGUUUUAUCGAGACAAUACUUCUGUUCCAGAAACUUAACUAUCUUUGUACAUCAUUUGCGAAAGAAAUAAAAGGUAUAUUU